AUGGUUGUGUUCGAAAUCAAAUCUGUGGCGUACUUCGCCGCAAUACUCUUGGGCACUGCCGAGGCAGUCAGUCUUGGUGCUUACAAUGUUGAUCCAGAUUCGGUUUCGGUGUCCGGACUGUCUUCGGGAGGCUUCAUGGCAGCCCAGCUUGGCAUUGCCCACUCGUCUACCUUCAAAAAAGGCUUUGGAGUGUUCGCUGGAGGGCCCUUUGACUGCGCGCGCAACCAGCAGUACACCAUGUGCAUGAACAACAAUAAGCCAAAUACGCAGACCCCCAACAGCAAUUUGCAGGCAUGGAGUGGCAACCAAAUCGACGACACCGCGAAUCUCAAGACGCGGAAAGUCUUCCUCGAAGUUGGCACAUCCGACUCGACCGUGGGCCCCAACCCGAUGAAUACACUCAAGGAGCAGUUGGCAAGUUAUGUUGACCCAGCCAAUAUGGCCUACGUGACCCGCCAAGGUCAGGCGCAUGUGUUUCCCACAGACUUUGAUGUCUCAGGCAAUAACCCGUGUGGCUCAAGCACUUCACCAUACAUUGCCAACUGUGGCUAUGAUGGCGCUGGCGCUGUGCUCAACUGGAUGUACAGCGGGUUGAACCCUCGCUCUUUGAGCGAUCAGGGCAGUUUCGUUUCCUUUGACCAGUCUGGCAAGUACGGGGCCGCUGGCAUGGCGUCCUCUGGCUCUCUCUACGUCCCCAAAGCCUGCCAGACCGGCGGAACCGUUUGCAAGCUUCAUGUGGCGUUGCACGGAUGCCUGCAAACUACCUCCGCCAUAGGAAACAAGUACACCGUCAACACAGGCUAUAAUCGAUGGGCCGACACGAACAAUAUUAUCAUACUUUACCCUCAAGGGACACCAGACUAUACUCUUCGGCAAGCAUGGCAAGGGCUGCUUCCCAAUCCAAACGGAUGCUGGGAUUGGGUUGGCUGGUAUGGCAAUAACGCCGAUCAGAAGGGCGGAGUUCAAAUGGCUGCCAUUGUUGCUCAAGUGAACCGGAUCGUGAGCGGCUUCCAACAGGGCGGGGGCCAGCCUUCGACCACCACUUUAGCUAUCAGCACCAGCACGACGACAUCAAGUGCGCCAACCAGCACUGUGGCUGAACCUAUGGCUCCCCUAUACGGCCAAUGUGGUGGAAUAGGAUGGUCCGGACCCACCAAAUGCGAGAAGGGGGUGUGUACUAGCUAUAGCCCGUUCUAUGCACAAUGCCUCUUGCCGGUGAGAAGAUGA